AGUUGAACAAACCACGUACCACCUGGCGAAAAAGCUCCGAUCGAAAUGGACAAAUCAUCCGCCGCCGCAGCCGCCGCAGCAAUGCCGGGCAGGAGGGUUCAGCCACUGGCCAGGCGGACCCCACAGCUGUUCUCACUCUCUGAUGAUCAUGCCAUGGUGAAGAAGAUUCAUGACACUCAUAACCCAGGGGAUGACCGUGACGUGGACGUCCACAUCAUUCUCCAAGUCAUAGAGGAGAUCUUUCAGCUGGCUUACCCCGCCGCCACCAAUGGUGCUCCUCAGGGCUCCCAUUCACCUACCAUCCAAGGAACUCAGCUAGAGGAGAAAGCUGCACUUGCGGUGGAUGGAAUUCUUGAAGGAUUGUCGUUUAUCACCCACAAAGUCUCCUGCGAGCUGUCAUGCCGGUGCUCCGGAGGAGGGGACAACAACACAGCAACAAUGGCGAUACUGAACAUGCUCUCCCACUACCAAUGGGACGCCAAGGUGGUGCUAUGCCUGGCCGCGUUCGCCAUCACCUACGGCGAGUUCUGGCUGGUGGCUCAGCUCUUCCCCACCCACCCCCUCGCCAAGUCCGUCUCCAUCCUCAAACAGGUGCCGGACAUCGUGGAGCACGAGGCCGCGCUCAAGUCCCGCUUCGACGCCAUCAACAACGUCAUCAUGGCCGUCAUGGACGUCACCAGGCGCAUCAUGGAUUUCAAGAAGCUACCGCCGCUGUACAUCUCCGAAGACCAGCCGCCGCUCUCCGUCGCCAAAACUCACAUUCCCACGGCGGUGUAUUGGACCAUCAAGAGUAUUGUCGCUUGCUCAGCCCAGCUCACUAGCCUUCUUGGCAUCAAUUAUGAGAGAUUGCUCGCUACAACUAUGGAGACAUGGGAAAUCACGAGUACGACUCACAAGCUGGUUAACAUUAGUGACCACCUUAAGGAACAAUUGGCCAUUUGCCAUCAACAUAUUGAUGAGAAAAUGCACAUCGAAUAUUACAAAAUGCUUGUGCACCUCUUUGAGAUAAGCCAUUUCGACAAUAUGAAGAUCCUCAAAGCCUUGAUCUACAACAAAGAUGACAUACUUCCUCUUGAGGUUGGAACUACUCACACCAGGGCAAGCAUGGAAGUGUUGAGGAGGAAGACAGUAUUGCUUUUACUAAGUGAUCUAGACGUGUCGCCCGAAGAAUUGAGUACGCUAGCUAGUAUGUACGAGGAAGCGAAGACAAAACCAGAGCUCCAGUACGAAAUCGUGUGGUUGCCGAUUCUCGAGAGAACGAAUGGGGGGUGGAACAAGGAAAUGGAUGCAAAGUUCAAGGAGCUUCAGGCUAUGAUGCCGUGGUACACCGUGCACCACCCUGCCCUCGUGGAACCAGCGGUGGUCAAGUUCGUCAAGGAAAAAUGGCGUUUCGUGAAGAAGAUGGUGCUGGUGACUCUGGAUCCAAUUCAAGGCAAAGUUGCAUCCCAGAAUGCCCUUCACAUGAUAUGGAUUUGGGGAAACCUGUCAUAUCCAUUCACCACUGCCAAAGAGGAAUCCAUGUGGUCCAUUGAGACUUGGAGGGUUGAGCUUAUUGUUGAUGGACUUGAUCAAACUGCAGUUGAUUGGGCGGAGCAGGAGAAGUACGUAUGUUUGUACGGAGGAGAUAACAUAGAGUGGAUAAGAGGAUUCACCCAACUGAUGAAUGGCGUGGCACAACAAGCGGGGAUUGAUUUGUACAUGGUGUACGUGGGGAAGAGCAAUUCCAAAGAGCGCGUGAGGAAGAUCACUGACACAAUAAUGAAAGAAGAGCUAAGCAACUGUUGGCCCGAGCCAUACUCGGUCUGGCACUUCUGGACUCGCAUACACAGCAUGCUCUACUCCAAACUUCAUAUUGGCAACAAGCAUGGAACCGACACGAUCGCGUCAGAAGUGAUGACACUGAUGGGGUACGAUGGGAGUGACCAGGGCUGGGCUCUCAUGAGCCGGGGCCCGUUCCAAAUGGCGCGAGCCAAGAGCGAGGUCCUCCUCGUCACGCUCAACAAGUACCCGGAGUGGGAGCCUGAGGCGAAGCAGAAUGGGUUCAUUGAGACCAUCACAAGCUAUUUCUCCAAGCUCCACACCCCGCAGCACUGCAAUAAGCUCAUACUGCCCGGGAUCGCUGGCGAGAUCCCGGACGUGAUGGUCUGCGCUGACUGCGGUCGCUAUAUGGAGAAGUUGUUCAUGUACCGCUGCUGCCCUAAUUAACUGAUCCUACAUGAGCCCGGACAAACAUGCACGCAGGAUUGCAUGUGUUUAUCAAUUUUAUUUGGUAAUGAUUUCUUUAGGCCAGUAUGUCUAGCUUGUUUUCAAGCUAAGCUUGCCUCAAAGAUGUGUGUCAGUUGUGUUGUUUGUGAUCUUUGUAAGCUCAAAAGUGUGUGUGAGCUAUGUAUUAUAUACACAUGUCUUGCUAGGUAGGGUUCCUUGUUGGUUGAGCUCUCUAGAUAGCUAGACAAGUACUAGAUGGAUGCAUAUUGUGUUUUGUAUCUCUGUGUUCUAAAUAUAAUGAAUCAAUUUGGAAGGGCUAUAAUUCAGGUGUAACAAAAAAGUUUAGAUGAGAUUGGAAAAUUUAAUAUCAGAUAUGUUAGGUGUCCC